AGUAUUAUUUUUUCGUGGAUCGACGACGCUCGAUAAUUAUCAGAUUAUUUUAUCUAGAUUAAAGACUAUCGUCCCAUUGAAGUAUUGAACAAAAAAUAACUUAAUAAUGAUUUGUACACUUAAUCGGAAUUUUCGUAGUGACUUUCCUAGUUACGUCGUUAUUUGGUAAUCGAACAUCGGUUAUAAGUUACAGUUACAAUCAGCAAUCGGCAUUCGACUUUUAUAGUUUUAUAAUUCAUAAUUUGAUAUUGUGAUAUAGGUACUGAUAUUAAAUUAAUCAUUCGUGUGGAGUUUUGUUAUUUAAUUUUAAUAUUUACUAUUUAUAAAUAUAUUGCACUGAAAGGUGCUUAUAAUAAAUAAUUUUUUUUUUUUUUGGGGGGGGGGCAAAAUGUUAAAAAAUGUCAUCCCCCCCACAAAAAUGACCAAACUACGCCACUGGAAGUCUGUGAUAAUAAUAUGUGGCUAUAAAUUAUAAUUUAUACAUAUUACAUAAACAAGUACCUAACAACUCAGAAACCAGUCAGUAAUUCCCACUAUCAGUUCAACUUCGACAACACCUUUCAACCUUUGUCUUUUGUGAGAUUAUUCAACAAUCAACAAUUAGCUUAGUAACUUCUGUUUAAAUAUAAGUAGUAAGUACCCAUCAAAUAGCAAUCUAUUGGACUCUGUCAAACGUUUAUACUCUUGAUCGGGUAUUUGAUAUCCAGAUAUUUCAUUAUUACGAUAAUAGACAAGAGUAGAAGAGUGUGUAAUACAUUGAAUUUAGGCCAUCAGUCAUCACCAUGUCAAGACCCAAAGUGUUAGUUGCAAUGAAACUCGUUCCAGAAAUCGCAAUUGAUUUACUACGUAAAAGAUUUGAUGUCGAAGUAUGUGAUUCCAUUCUAGUCACUCAAGCAGAACUAAUGAAAAAAGUACCUGGAAAAUUUGCAAUAUUUUGUAGUCCAGCGAACAAAAUUGAUGAAGAAUUAAUUAAAACUGCAGGUCCCAGUCUAAAAGUUGUUGGAACCAUAUCUGUGGGAUAUGAUCAUGUUGACUUGAGUGCAAUGAAAAAAUAUGGCAUACGUUUGGGAUACACGCCAGAUGUUUUAACCGAAACAGUAGCAGAAACAACAGUUGGAUUGUUGAUAGCGACAACAAGACGGUUUUUCGAAGCAAAUCAUGCAGUGAAAACAGGUGGAUGGAAAGAUGUGACACUUCUUUGGAUGUGUGGUAGAGGUAUUAGAAACUCUGUUGUUGGUAUUGUUGGAUGUGGCAACAUUGGGACAUCCAUUGCAAAGAAGCUGAAGGCAUUUGAAAUUUCUCAAUUGCUGUACACCAGUAGAACUGAAAAACCUGCUGUCAAUGCUCUCGGUGGAAAAUUGGUUACAAUUGAUGAGCUUGUUGAACAAAGUGACUUCAUAAUCCUUUCCAUUGCACUGAAUGAGGACACAAAGUUUAUCAUUAACAAAGAACGCAUUGCCAAAAUGAAGUCACACGCUGUAUUGGUGAACAUUGGUCGUGGAGGACUUAUUGACCAAGAUGCACUCAUUGAAGCAUUACAAGAAAAUAGAAUUGGAGGUGCUGGCCUAGACGUUAUGACACCAGAACCAUUACCACUUGAUAGCCCUUUGAUGAAGAUGGACAAUGUUGUGUUGUUGCCACACAUUGGGAGUGCUUCUGUUGAAACAAGAACAGAAAUGGCUAUUCUCACUGCCAAUAAUAUAAUUGCUGUUUUGGAUAAUACCGUAAUGCCAAAAGAAGUUCAGUUUUAGCUUAAUUAUUAUACGCUAAUCAAAAUUGUAUUAAAAAUAAUCUAAUUUGUGAAUGUUAAAAAGUAUACAUUUAUAUUUAUUAUUGUAUUUAUUCAUUUAAAAUUGUUGAAUAUAAUAUUUUCUUUAAUAUUUCAAAUGUCUUUCAUUGUAAGAAUCAUUAUUUUCGUUAUUUUAUUAGGUAACUAAUAGUAUAUGAACUAUAAAUAAUCAAUUAAUACAUUUUUCUUGUGUACAAUAUAAUUUAAUUUAACUACCAUGAUCUGACAUAUCAUAUAUUACUGUACGAUUAAAUUCUUUAGAAAAUGAAAAUGUCAAUUUGACAAAUGAUAUAAUUUGUAUAAUUGCUGGAAUUUUGAGCAGAUAUUAUGGACAGCCUGAUACAGGGUAGUCAAAUAAUAUCAAAAAUAUUUACAUUCAAACUUAAAUUUUGUUUAAAAAACUAUUCUGAUACGGCUGAGCUGCAAAAUUUUUUUAACAUUUCCGUUCUUACCAUCAAACACGAAUAAAAUGAUCAUUGCGAUGUUUUAUAAAAAAAAUAAUUUUUAAUAUUAUUUACAAAUUUACAAUAUUAUGAAUUAUAAUGGUGUACACAUUGCUAUAUUAAAUUAUUUAUAUUUUUUACUCUAAAAA